AGAGUGAUGUCCCUUUACAAACCAGGAAGUAAGAAGUUUUGGAAAUAUGAAUCAGUUUCUAUCCCGAUUUACACUUACUUAAAAGAUGUCAUGCUCUGAUGAAGAAAUACUGGCUUGUUUGAAAGCUAGUGUUCUAGAUGAAAACAGGCCUCUGCUGUGCAAAACCUUGGAUCCAAAACUACAUUACCCUUACCUGCGGUCAAAGUACGUGUUGAGUGAAGAUGAUGAGGAACUGAUAGAAGUACAACAACUGAAGAAACUCAAAGUCCACAAAUUUAUUGAUAUUCUGAUGAAGAAAGGAAGAAAAGGAUUUGAUGAGUUGGUCAUAUCUAUUAUACAGGAGAGAACACAGAUAUUUCUUGCAGAAGCACUUAAUAAAGCUUUCGAGGAGAAAAGAAAAAGACUGCAAGCACUAAGAGCCUCAAGCAGUAAUACAGGGAGCCCUGCAGGAGUAGCCACAGAUCAUGGACAUGGACUGGACCAGAAGAUAGAAGAUUUAAGCAUAAGUACCUCAAGUAUAAUGAACUUACCCAAAUUUACUGACUCUCAGCCAGAUAUAGGUAACAGAAAUUCUGCUCCAUUACCAGACAGUUGGAGUAAUUCAUUAUCAGACUUAGGGGUGGAUACAGACACACUGCCAAAACCUGUGAUGCCAAAGAGUAAUGGAGAUGACUUGAAGUUUGUAAGAAAGAAGAGUUGUGAAAAUUCUUUUGAUGAAGAUUUAAAUGAUAUUAAGUCUCUCCCAGACAGCAUAUCAUCUGAGAGUGAAUCAAAAGCUUAACUUUUGAUGCAAUAAAUUGAAAAUAUCAUAAAGUACUGAUCGCUAGAUGUCACAGCAAAAUACUUGAGUAACUUAGGGAUUUGAACAGUUCAGUGGCUGGGAACCACACAAGGAGUUGAUGCUCAAGUCUUCGAGGAGUUGAUGCUCAAGUGAGCAGUGUUUUAGUUUAUAUAGAUACAUAAGAAUCAGAAUGUUUUGUCAUAUCUCAUAAUUUAAUAGUAGAGGCUAGAAGGUGACGGAAAUCAUACAGAAAAUACAGUGACUAUGGAGGAAAGAAAUCAUAUUGGAAAUACAGUGACCAUAGAGGAUGGAAACUAGAUAGAAAAUAUAGUAGCUAUGGGGGAUAGAAAUCAUAAAGAAAAAUACAGUAACUAGGGAAGAUAAGAAAUCACACAGAAAAUACAGUAAAUGUGGAGGGUGGAAAUCACAUAGAAAAAUAAAUUUACUACAGAGGAUAGAAAUCAUGCAGAAAAUACAGCAGUUAUGGAGGAUAGAAAUCUUAUAGAUAAUACAAGUAACUUUUGAAGAUAGAAAUCAUACAGAAAAGUACAGUUACUAUGUAAGAUAGAAAUCAUAUAGAAAAUACAGUAGCUAUGGAGGAUAGAAAUCAUAUAGAAAAGACAGCAAUAUUGGGGAUAGAAAUCAUAUAGAAAAUACAAUAACUAUGAAGGAUAGAAAUCAUACAGAAAAAUACAGUGACUUGACUUGAGGAUGGAAAUCACAGUCAUGUUGUUUGAAAAUAUAUUAUACAAUAAUUUAACCCUUAGCCUGCUGGCGGCAAGUGUUUCUGCCUUGGCGACCAGUACAGACCAAGAUCAGCCUGCACAUCCGUGCAGUCUGAUCAUGGUCUGCACUGUUCGCUAUUCAGUCAAUAAAUUUUCAGUGAACAUCCCUUCGAAUAAUAAAUUGUUUUGCCCAAACUGAAUGAUGUACCGGUCCAUUUUAGAAAUUCAGCAAGGUAAGGGUUAAAGAAUAGUUCUGUAUGUUCUUACUUUUUGAAACACCCCAACUUUGAUAAGCAUAUGAGCCGUGCCAUGAGAAAACCAACAUAGUGGGUUUGCGACCAGCAUGGAUCCAGACCAGCCUGCGCAUCCGCGCAGUCUGGUCAGGUUCCAUGCUGUUCGCUUUUAAAGCCUAUUGGAAUUGGAGAAACUGUUAGCGAACAGCAUGGAUCCUGACCAGACUGCGCGGAUGAGCAGGCUGGUCUGGAUCCAUGCUGGUCGCAAACCCACUAUGUUGGUUUUCUCAUGGCACGGCUCAAUUAUGGAGUCAGUUGAUUCAAAGACACAAUAUAAUUAUGCUAGCAUACAAGCGAGGAUUUGUAGGUGUAAUUCUAUAGCCUUGCCAAUACACUCAAGAAAGUAUUUUGUUGAUGCAAAUCUAAAUGAAUACUCAUAGCAUUUUACUCUGUUUUAUUUAAUUUGUUUCCUUAAAUGUCCGUUUUGCUUAAUUAUCGUUGAAAAAAUGUUUUAGAACUAAACCAACAUAAUUGUUUUUUACCUGAAACAGUAUAAUGAGAAUAUUAAAAUCCUGUGUCGAAUAUAUGAACAAACUCACUCCCAACCCCUUUCUACACAUACACAAACUUGGACAAUAUCCUUCCCCUCUCCACCCCCACCCUUUGACAGAUUUUUUACUCUAUUAUAUCCAGAUUUUAAUUUUUUGUAAAAGUGUUAAAGCCUUCUUGAUUUGUCAAAUAUACAUGUACAUGGCAGUACAUCUGGUUUACCAUAUAUGGCUGUUUGGAAAACUUUGAAAAUGUUCUCUUUUAAAUCUGCAGGCCGGGUUUCAAAAAAUAAUUCGGCAGUUGUUUCUUGGAUGACUAUAAAAAUAUUGUUUCAUGUUUGAGUUGUGAUGCUCCAGUGAUCAGUCUAGGGUCAUCAUGGUCCUCUUGUUUAAGUUUAAAUGAUUUAACUGUUAGUUAUUGACGUAGAUCUGUGACGUGACAUUCUUUCCCAUGGCUUUUAAAACCCUUGUCAUGUUGUAGGUUUUUUCAUACACUGGUACAUUUACAUUACUUCGCAAAAAAAAACAAGAUCAGUGUUUGUCAUGUAUAUAUUUUUACCAUAUUUGUCAUGUUUGAUGUGUUUUAUAAUGCUGUAAAGGCCAUCAGCUUUGCCUAGAAAAUUUGAAAAAAAAAAAGUUUUAGGGCUUUUACUUUACUUGAGCGUUAUAUCGCAAAGUUUUAUUUUUAGAAGAUUUUGUGUCUGCAUGUAUGUUGUGAAUGUGGUUGUUCCCACAGAUCUCAAAAACCUCAGGGUAGUUCUGAUUUUUAUUGCCUCAUUGAUGCUAUACCACAUACAUGUAUAAAGUUUUAGUAGAGCAUGCUAAAAAUCUUUAAUUUCUUUGUAUGUUAACUUCUAGAGCUAUCUUUAUAGAAUUUAUUGCUCUGUGUGGUUAAUGUCUAAAUUAAGUAAUGAGAUGCU